CUGGACGUGAGUGGGCGUGGCGGGCUUUGUCACGCAGCUUCUUCCUCGAAUUCUUUACCGUUACUACGUGAGGCUGAUUUAGGGGAAAUUGAACGUCGCCCAGAAAGGAUAAAACAGGAGAAGGGCGCAGAAACAACAACUACACUCCAAACGCUGCCUCAGGAGCAGUGACGUGUCUUCAUGGCAGUUCGUCGAGGACACAUUAAGUAUUUGAAAGCCGACCUACAGGAGGUGUACAACAUGUCGAACGGUUAUGAAGACCUCAUGGGAGAGGACGAGGGCAAGGACUCCAAGACCAACCUGAUUGUGAACUACCUACCUCAGAGCAUGACACAGGACGAGCUGCGGAGCCUCUUCAGCAGCAUUGGAGAGGUGGAGUCUGCCAAGCUGAUUCGAGACAAAGUUGCAGGCCACAGUUUAGGGUACGGAUUUGUUAACUAUCUUAACCCUAGUGAUGCAGAAAGAGCUAUCAGUACACUGAAUGGACUAAGGCUACAGUCCAAAACUAUCAAGGUUUCAUUCGCACGGCCCAGCUCUGACACAAUAAAGGAUGCCAACCUGUAUAUCAGCGGCCUGCCAAAGUCUAUGACCCAGAAGGAUGUAGAGGACAUGUUUUCACAUUUUGGACACAUCAUUAACUCCCGUGUACUUGUUGACCAGGCCACGGGUACAUCAGGCGCGUCCCGCGGGGUGGCUUUUAUAAGGUUUGACAAGCGGGCAGAGGCGGAGGAGGCCAUCAAAAACCUUAAUGGCCAAAAGCCACCCGGAGCCUCUGAGCCAAUAACCGUGAAGUUUGCUGCCAACCCAAACCAGGUGAAGAAUACGCAAAUCAUCUCUCAGCUCUACCACAACCAGUCCAGACGCUUCGGAGGGCCCGUACACCACCAGACUCAGCGGUUUAGGUUCUCCCCCAUGGCCGUUGAUCACAUGGGUGGUGUCGGAAGUGUCAGCGCUCCUGGGAACUCCACCUCCGGCUGGUGCAUCUUCAUCUACAACCUGGGCCAGGAUGCAGACGAGAGCAUCCUUUGGCAGAUGUUCGGCCCCUUUGGCGCUGUCACCAACGUCAAGGUGAUCCGCGACUUCAACACCAACAAGUGCAAGGGCUUUGGCUUCGUUACCAUGACGAAUUACGAGGAGGCUGCCAUGGCCAUCGCCAGCCUGAACGGAUACCGGCUCGGAGACAAGAUGCUGCAAGUGUCCUUUAAGACCAGCAAGGGCCACAAGUAGAGGGAGACAGUCGGUGUAGAGGAGGGUUAAGUGAAAAGACCUUGCGCCAGUCGUUUAAAGCAGUGAACAGAAGUAUGUGGGUUUAUAAUCUAGAAAAAUUCAGUAUUGAGUUUUAUUGUGUACAUGUUCACUCUUCUGCACCUUUUGUACGUGUCAAAAAGAGUGUUUAGGCUUAUCGUUGUCGUUUUUCUUCAUCGUUACACUCAUGCUUGAGGACACUAUGUAGUUUUAAUUUUUUAGUGAGGGGAUUUAGAGGGUAAAAAUCCCAUAAUACCUCCAAGAUAACUUUCAAAAAUUAUCUAAAAAAUCUAAAUUACUGUCUAUAUGUGUUGCAUGUAUAACCGAGGAGACUCGAUAAAGGAGGUACGCAAAUGUUUCUGGGCUGUGCACUCGGGCGAAAAUAUUUUGUGUACAAGAAAAGCCCUGCAAAUUGUUCUCUAACUGUUAACAUUUUCGUGGAUGAUUUAGGCUUAAAGAAGGAAAAAGCAUUGCUCUGUCCUGGAUCCUCAAUGUAGAGUAAAAAUAGAUUAGUUAAAUUAUCACCCAAUAGCAUUACAGGCCUAAAUGACAUUCACCUUCUAGAGUCCAUCUGAGAGUAAAGCACUUAUUACUAGUCUGCUUUCGGCUACUAAGGUCUUUUUCAUGUUGCUCUAUGACUUUUGUGAACGCUCCUACCAGGUUAACAAUAUCAGACAUAACAAGCUUUGCAGUUUUGGUCUUAUCCCGGUGUAACGUUUUUUUUAAUUUUAAUUAUUAUUAUUGUAUUUCAGGAGGGUCCCUUUUGAAUACGAACCCCAGUCAAUGAGUAGGGAAUUGAGAUGGACCAAAGACGGAAAGAGAUUGGAUCCUAUUACCCAAGAUAACUUUUCUGAGUAUAUUUAAGUCAUACCUGUUUUUAAGCGGUACUAAGCUUAUAUAUAUGAAACUGACUGAGAGCAAAGUCACUUAACCUCAGCAUAUAUUUGUUUCUUUUCUUAUUUUGAGUUAAUUGUUUUUUGAAGAAUUCUUUUUUUCCCUGAGUGUUACAAACUUGUUUUAACGAGUGCUUAUCUCAAGUUUGGAGACUAAUUCAAGGCCUUUUGUUAAGUUUUGAUUUGCUUUCUUUUGGUUGUUUCACUUUGAGCAUAAACCAUUAAAUUUUAUUUCUUUUCGACAAAAGUUUUGUUUGGUUUAUUUUUAUUUGCCUUUUUCUUAUUUGGUUUGGAUGUUUGUUCAAUUCUUUUUCUUGAAGCAAAUCUGCAGUGUUGAUAGAUCUGGGGUUAGUAAAAAGGGCAGUUCCAGAAAAGUAUUUGACAGGAAGCUUUUGAAGAUAUUUUGAAAGAAAAUAUACGGACCAAUGAUGGUUGAAGAUUAUUCAACCUGUACACAGACACUUGAAGACAUUUCAACUUUUCCAGGUUUGCCAGAUACAUUUGAACCACUGAAGAGUUGUUAGCAAUUAAUUAGCAAGUUAAAGCUAAAUGUGGAUGGCUUCUCAGCAGCUGUGAGUUGACAUCUGGCUCAGUCAAUCUGUUUUGAUACCUGGCUAUUUUGGGAGGGGAAUUCACCCAAAUCCAUUGAUCUGAUUGUUGUCCAAUGGUGAUAACUUUUAACUUUUGAGGCUUCGUUUGCUGCCUCAAUGAAAUAUUUCUUAUAUGAACCUCUUAAAAAAGAUAAUUGGACGUAUCACAGCUCAUCUUUUAAUAGCGGCUCAUUUUGUAGGUUGUCUUGUUCUCCAGGGCGAUUGACAAGUGGACUCUUUACCAUCGACAGUCAUGGUUCUUGAAUUAACUUGACUAUAAAUUGGACAGUUACAAAUAUCAAAUAUUUUUUACUAACGUUUCUCAUUUUUUGAUAUUGGCUCCCUAGCAAUAAUUUACCCUGAUGCUUUGUUAAAUGCCGAAAGGAGUAUUCCCAUUUCAACAUUCAGAUUUUGGUCUUAAAAGUGCUUUUUGAAUGAACAAUUCAAUGUUUUUUUUGUGCAAUAUUUCAAGGCUUGCUUGCAGCAAGUAAUGGAACGUUUUUGUAGUUGUGGACUGUCAUCUUUUUUUAUCAUUUCUAUUUUCUACUGACAUUUUGUUUUACUGCUCAGUUUUUUCAGCAGUAUAGCUGGAAUUGCAUGAAAGAUAAAAGUGAAUUUGUUUUAGCAGUCAGAUUUAACUGCAUUCUGCCUUAAUUUAUAAGUGGGAAUGGUGUAUUUUACAUCACAGGAGGCGUGAAUAUUUAUUUGACAAUGUAUGCGGUCAUACAUUAUUGCAUUUUUAAUGGUUAAUUUUGUUUUCUUGGUUAUGAAUGACACUAAGUUGAAGUCCAUUUAAUGUCCUCUAACAUUGGAUCAUCAAAAAAUGUUGGCGUUUCAGAACUGAAAGAAUUAAAUUUCACUUAAGACUUGUGUGAA